ACAGGAAGUGACGUAACAGUCGUCAGGAAAUGCUUUUAUUUAUUUACGGAAGUCAUUACAGCAUCGUCUCAUGUCGUUGUCGGACUGAUCUGGAAUAUUUGUUCUCAUUUUUGUCGUCGUUAUGAUUCCUCCCGGUUCGGUUAUCAUCGCUGACUGGCAUCUGUGUAAAGAAAGCAAAGAGUUUUUCCAAAAAAUUUUACACAAGAAAGGACGCAAGAAAUUUGGCCUGUUGGAGUCUCCAGUGAUGCCCCCUCAUGUAUCCGUGGAAACCGUUCAUUAUAAAGUCUUCCUCUCCGGCAAAAGUGGCGUUGGCAAAACCACACUUGCUGCUCGCCUCGCAGGCCUGAAUCUUCCCAGCGUGCACCACGAGACCACAGGCAUAGAGACCACGGUGGUGUACUGGCCGGUGAGGCUGAGAGACGGCGGCAGGGUGCUGUUCUUCCGUCUGCAGCUGUGGGACUGUGGAGAGAACGCCUUGCGUAGAUUUGAUCAUUUACUUCCAUCCUGCAGGGAGCAGGCGGACGCCGUCCUCUUCCUCUUCUCCUUCAUCGACAGGACGUCCUUUGAUGACCUGUCGAACCAAACGGCCAAAUGGAGCGACCCGUCUGUUGUCAAAGUGGUGAUUGGUACCAAAUUUGACCUUUUCAUGCACUGCGACGUGUCAGAAAGAGACGUCAAGGAGUUUCAGGAAAGGUGGAACUUGCCGGUGCUGCGUACGGGUGGGGAGGUCACCGACGGGCUCGGGGACGUGGCCCCCAUCCUAAACUGCCUCGCAGAGAACUUGUGGCAUCAAGAUUGCCUGAUGAGGACCGUCCAGCCUUCGCAGCAGGACUGCGUGACGGUUCUAUGAUGGACCGGAACAGACGUUUAUUGGAGAAGACACGGUUCAAACCGGGAUCACCACGUUUGCUAAGAGGCUUUAACUGCACAUUUACAUUUUCAAGUUUACUCUGUUACUCACUGCGGUGAAGUUAGUUUUAGGUUGGAUAUUUAAAAUGUCAUCAUUUCAGAUUCUCAAAGCUCCUGUUUCACAUUCAAAAGGUCUCAAACAGAGCAGCUCUUAAUAAACUCCAUCAGUUUUUCUUUAGUAUUUCUGUCACAAUACUCUCCAUUUACUGUGACUGCAUGUUGAGGAGUUUAUUCUCUCAGCUUUUUUAUUUCAUACUGAAAGAUUUGAGCUCUAAAUUCAUUCAACUGUAGAAAGAAAACUAAGAUUUUUGUUAAAAAUCCAUUUAAACUCUGAGGCAAAUAAACAGUAUUUAUUGGGAAACAAAAACAAAAACGUCUCUCAGUAUAAUUACAAUUAAUUCAUGGAGUCAAAUUUAGGAACUUUAAAGCAAAUUCAGUCAAAUCAAAAGAAAAUUCAGCUCCACCUUCAUCACUUUAACAGGAUAAAUUGAUGAAAAAUUUAAGAAAUGAACCCUUUUUCUGAUCCACUACAUUUCUGUACAAUUUGCAAGUUUGAUAUUUUAUCUUUUACAAACUUCAAACAAUGAUUUAAUCAGGGAAUCAAUUCUAGUACAAUCAAAAUUAAAUAUUUUGUGGAAUCUAGUUGUUUCUGUAUGAAACUCUGGGAAAAAGAUUUUUAAAAAUCCUUCAUAGAUUCAGUAAGUUCAGGAUAUAUUGGAAAACCUCAGUGGACUUUGUUAACUCUGAGUUUGUUUCACUUCACAGAUUUUCAUGAUAAACAGGAAAUGAUCUCAGGGCGAUAAACUUCUCAUUUAGUUUUUUUCCACAUAAUAGUUUCACUCUGAACAAUGUGUUUUAUUUAAAGGGGGCAAAAUAAAAAAAGAAUCUAAAAGAAAAACCUCCUCAAUGUGUCAUCAAUGUCAACAUUCUGUUUAAAAAAGCUGGUUUUGUCUUUUAUUUUGAAAAGAAAUCAUACUGUCAAAUGUAAAAAAUGAUUUCACAUGUUGAGAAAAUGCUAGUUUAAUUUUAUAUUCCUUUUUUUAUUCAUGCCACAAGACACAUAAUUCAUAUUUAUUAUUAAAAAAAUACACGUAAUGAAUGCACAGAAGUUUCAAAAUAAGAGCAGCUCCCAGCAGGUUUUGAUCCGUCGAUAACAAGCCUAAAUGUAACUGUUAAAGGUUGCCGACCUCUGGUCUAGACAGACGUGACCAGUCAGCACAAAACUGAUGUCGUUGUAGAUGUUCCCGUCAGCGACCAUUCUUACCUCAGAGACAUCAUAGAACCAUCAUCAACCACCACCUUCUGUUCACGGAGGAUAAUGUUCCACCACAGUCAGCGAUGACCUCUGACCUGAACCCCAUACAGCAGGUCUGGGACCAGCUGAAGCGGACUGGAUGAUCGUACCCCAUCACCAAGUGACCGGGAAGAAGUGCAUGUAUUUUGUGGAACAUUGUGACACUGUCACCACAUUGAAAGUGUAUGGAAAAAUAUGUAACCAUGUUGUUAAAAGAACCUUGCAGGGGCAACAUGUUUUCUGUAUACUGUGAGAAAUAAAGUGGCCAGUGUUUGUAGAA